CGGGCGGCGUGGGCAGCUCGAGCUGUGCGGCAACAUGGUGCGUGGCCGCAUCUCCAGGCUCUCGGUGCGCGACGUGCGCUUCCCCACGUCGCUGGAGGGCCACGGCUCCGACGCCAUGCACACAGACCCUGACUACUCGGCUGCCUAUGUCAUCUUAGAGACGGAUGCGGAAGACGGGCUCAAGGGGUAUGGGCUUACCUUCACUCUGGGAAAAGGCACAGAAGUUGUGGUCUGUGCUGUGAAUGCCCUCGCCCACCAUGUGCUUAACAAGGACCUCAGGGACAUCGUCGGUGACUUCAGAGGUUUCUACAGGCAGCUUACAAGUGACGGGCAGCUCAGAUGGAUCGGUCCUGAGAAAGGGGUUGUGCAUCUGGCUACCGCAGCCGUUCUCAACGCUGUCUGGGACCUGUGGGCCAAGCAGGAGGGAAAGCCUCUGUGGAAGUUACUUGUUGACAUGGACCCCAGGACGCUGUUAUCCUGCAUUGAUUUCAGGUACAUCACAGACGUCCUGACUGAGGAGGAAGCCUAUGAAAUACUGCAAAAAGGUCAAGUUGGUAAAAAAGAGAGAGAAGGACAGAUGCUGAUGCAAGGCUACCCUGCCUACACCACGUCGUGCGCCUGGCUGGGCUACUCAGACGACAAGCUGAGGCAGCUCUGCACGGAGGCACUGAAGGACGGCUGGACCAGGUUUAAAGUGAAAGUGGGUGCUGAUCUCCAGGAUGACAUCCGUAGGUGCCGCCUCAUCCGGAAUAUGAUUGGACCCGAGAAGACGCUGAUGAUGGAUGCCAACCAGCGCUGGGAUGUGCCCGAGGCAGUGGAGUGGAUGGCAAAGCUGGCUGAGUUCAAGCCACUGUGGAUUGAGGAGCCCACCUCCCCUGAUGACAUUCUGGGACACGCCACCAUUGCCAAGGCGCUGGUCCCAUUAGGAAUUGGCGUUGCCACUGGAGAACAGUGCCACAACAGAGUGAUAUUUAAGCAACUCCUUCAGGCGAAAGCCCUGCAGUUUCUCCAGAUUGACAGCUGCAGGCUGGGAAGUGUCAAUGAAAACCUUUCAGUGUUGCUGAUGGCCAAAAAGUUUGAAAUUCCGGUUUGCCCCCAUGCUGGCGGAGUUGGCCUCUGUGAAUUGGUUCAGCAUCUGAUUAUAUUUGACUUCAUAUCCGUUUCUGCAAGCCUCAAGAACAGGAUGUGUGAAUAUGUCGACCACCUGCACGAACAUUUCAGGUAUCCAGUGGUAAUCAAAAAGGCUUCCUACAUGCCUCCUCAGGAUGCUGGUUAUUCAACAGAAAUGAAGGAAGAAUCUGUAAAGAAACACCAGUAUCCAGAUGGUGAAGUCUGGAAGAAACUCCUUGCUGCUUAAGGGAAUUAAAUGUUCAGCCCUAACACCCUUUCCUAAGUGAAAAGUCUUACAUACA